CGUGCACCGGAAGGUUGUCGUUGAACUUUGCCGGUGUGUAGCUAGAAUUAACGCCGGACACGCACUAACACUUAACGUGAGUAGCUCGCUAACACAUUUUAAUGAUAGUUGCAUGAAACGGACAACUGUAAAAACGAUGUCUUUAUUACAUGGAGCUGAUGAUGUUACAGUUUUGUCUGCAUGUACAGCGCAGCAAUUGUGAUCGCUAGCAUCAUUAGCAAACUAACGGUUAGCGCAGUCAGUGACCGUCAGUCAAGUCAACCAGGUCUCAGAGCAUUUCGUUUUAUUCUGUUCGUAAAUCCGAGACACUCCGUUAAGUAUGAUACAGUAUCUAACUGUUUGGUAUGGUUACAUAAGACAGAUGGUUACUUAAAGCCAAAACGAAAGGUGAUUGUGGUUGGUAUGGGUGGAUGGGUGGGCAUAUGCUAUCUAGCUACAUGUGUAGCUUAAAUACCCUUUGGCCUUUACCUAGCUGUGCUACUAUUUGACCCAGUUAAUGCAUAGAGUUGGAUAACUAGCCACUAGCUAGUAACUAUUUACAUAACAUAAGGAGGCUUUCCUUUCGUUGUGUCUCAAGUAUCUCACCCCUUCUCUUUUUCUGUCUCUCUCUCUCUCAUCCUUUUUCAGCAUGGGCAGUGUGUUGGCUGCCAGCUCCCCCCCUCCGCCCCCUGCCCCAGGCAGUGUUAGUGUCCAGGGGGCCCCUGGGUUGGUGUCAGUCCCCCCAGGGUUCUCCAUGCCCUCCGUCUCUCCCGUUCCUGCCCCCGGUCAGCCAGCAGGUGAGACAGGGAGCCCCAUCCCCAACCCUGGUACCUAUGAAGAGUGUCAUCGCAAGUGCAAAGGUAAGGAUCAUACACAGUCAUGUCAUGAUGAGUUAUGCGGUACAUCAUCAGAGUUGUACAGGUGCAUCCUUCCUGUUCGAAUAUGCUGGGCAGUGACAGGGCAGAUUUGAUGCGCUAUUAUUUAUUUGAGAGGUGUGUUUUUCCUCAGUAUUUUUUUCUGGCCCAUAUUUUAGAUUGGGUUAAAAGUAGAUGAUGUUUGCAUUGAACAGUUUCUGUUCUAACUAUAGACUUGGACAACUCUAGUGUCCCAAAGCCAGUUUUAGCAUGGGCAGCACCAUUGAGGACUUUCACCAUUUUGAAACAGUCAACUGGGUGGGACUUGCUAUGGGUUAAGGAAGGAUCACGUAAUUCCUUCCAGGUCAUCAGGAGGGAUCAGCCAAUGAAUUAUACUUGUGAGCAAACAUUCCAUUACUGCAGGUGUCAGUAAAUCGCCAACCAAUGGCCUUUAUACGUUCCAAACCAAACUCAUCCAUGUGCGCAGCUUGCAGCACACCUUUCUGUUGUUGUACCACUCAGAAUUAUUGGAGAUGGCCUCAAUGGUGCCGCCCUUGCUCUCAUAGACGCCAAAGUGGGACAGAUAUAAAGUUGUGUCCUCUAACUAUCUAUGAUUCUAACGCCAUUUCAGAGGUGUUCCCCAUCCAGAUGGAAGGAGUGCGACUGGUGGUCAACAAGGGCCUGAGCAAUCACUUCCAGGUCAGUUGUGGAGCUAGAGGAAUAUAUUUUAGAUGCAGCCACAGGCAGUAAGUUAAAGCCAGCGUUAUAGUCUGCAUUCUGUGCGAGCUAUUAUACAAUGAAAAGGAACUAUCUGACCCUCAAGGCUGUAAAGCUCAAGGUGGUGAUUGUCCUAUUUCAUAUGGAUCAGAAUACUAUAUUGUUUUCCACUUUAUUGGAUGUCUGCUGUAUCUGUUCUACAGGUCAGUCAUACAGUCACUCUCAGCACCUUGGCUGAAUCUGGCUACCGGUUCGGUGCCACCUACGUGGGCACUCAACAGACAGGACCUGCUGAGGUAAGUUAACUAUCACUUGUCUGGUCUGGAAAACAUCCCUCAGCCACUUUAUCCUAAUAUUAUUAUACUCUAAUAAUAUUGUUGUAUGUGUUGAAACCCCUCCCCCAGUCCUUCCCAGUCAUGGUGGGAGACAUGGACAACACUGGUAGUCUGAAUGCCCAGGUUAUCCACCAGCUCACCAGCGCUGUGCGCUCCAAAAUAGCCAUCCAGGUACGUCACCGUGAAGAGCGGGGAAGGCCACACCAGGAUCAGAAAGUUUAUGUAUAUUGAACUUACUGUUUAUUAAUCUGUGUGUUAUUUCAACAGACUCAGCAGCACAAGUUUGUGAACUGGCAGUGUGACAUGGAGUACCGUGGCGACAACUUCACCUCUGCUGUUACCCUGGGCAACCCAGACGUCCUCCUCGGCUCUGGUAGGAUUGUUUUCUCAUCAAAGACUUCACUGGUGGUCCAUGAUGCUGCAAAACGACCCAUCUCUCCUACAAGCACAUUUGGGUGGAAGCUUCAUCACUUACAGCAAUAAUGCUCUCGUUACCCAGGCAUUUUGAUCACACGUUAUGAUGGCCUCUGUAAACAGUGAACAGGCUGGUUAUUAUUUAGACAUUAGUCAUUUAUUCUUGUGCUCUACUGUAACAUCUAUGAUGGUGAUGAAGAUGUUGCUGUCCCUCAGGUAUUAUUGUGGCUCACUAUCUCCAGUCGAUCAGUCCAGCCCUGGCGUUGGGAGGAGAGCUGGUCUACCACCGGAGGCCUGGGGAGGAGGGAGCAGUCACCUCCCUAAUGGGCAGAUACACAGGUGAGACCCACACCGCCUCAACCUCACCCUCUGUUAGAGCCAGGAGUUUUUUACUGGUCAGGUCACUGAGAUUAAUAUUCUUGUUUUUCCUCCAGGCAAUAAUUAUGUUGCCACGUUGACUCUAGGAGGCGCUGGUGCUCAUGCAACGUACUACCACAAAGCCAAUGACCAGGUACCCAAACAAAGCCAUCCUAUCACCUCUACCUUGCCCCCAGUCUAGAACACAAAACCCCUUUAAUGUGGAUCACUGUGUAAAAUAGUUUGGGAAUCCACUGGUAGCCUACCAUCUCUAGAGCAGACCAUAACUAUAGGCACAGUACCAUCUGUAGCUCAACUGGUAGAGCACGGCGCUUGUAACGCCAGGGUAGUGGGUUCGAUCCCCGGGACCACCCAUACACAAAAAAAUUAUGCACGCAUGACUGUAAGUCGCUUUGGAUAAAAGCGUCUGCUAAAUGGCAUAUUAUUUAAUCUCUCCAAUGAGAUGAGUGCUUAGUGGAAUAUCUGGGACCAUGCUAAUGGACCACUCCUUUUCUGACAGGGAGGUGUUAGCCCACUGAAAUACUUGAGGCGAUGUAGCACCACAGUGCUAGGUUUGUUUUUGUGUUUGUGAGACCAUCUUGUUGUCCUUCUACCAACUCAGCUGCAGCUGGGGGUGGAGUUUGAGGGCAGCAUGCGGACGCAGGAGACCGCAGUAUCGUUUGGUUACCAGCUGGACCUCCCUAAAGCCAACCUGCUUUUUAAAGGUAAGCCACUGUCGGUUCCUCUACAACACAGCUAUUCAUUCAGCCCUCAAGGGUUAAUUGAGUAAAUUGAUCCAUUGUCAUUGAUUGGCCAGAGUUCAUCCACCUGUUGUCCCAGGUCUGAAUCAUUUCCUGAUCAGUCCCUCCCUUUUCCCCCUCCUCUGUCUGUCCAGGUUCAGUAGACAGUAACUGGGUGGUGGGGGCGGUCCUGGAGAAGAAGCUGCUGCCCCUGCCCCUCUCCCUGGCCCUGGGAGCCUUCCUCAACCAAAAGAAGAACAAGUUCCAGUGUGGCUUCAACGUCACCGUUGGC